AACGCCUUCUUGACACACAAUUUCGUCUUCUCAGAGAGGAUAUGAUGUGUCCUAUGCGCCUUGGCAUUGAAAACUUCAUUAAAUUUAUCUCGAAAUCUGCCAAAAAUAACGCAAAAUUCCAAAAACUACAAGAGCAUGGUGGAAAACAUAAGUAUGAUGACAAAGAAGGCAUGGAUGGUGGCGACUUAAAUGUAUAUGCCAAUGUUCACUUUUCUGACAUAAAUGUCAAUCUAAGGCGAGGUUUUUCUUGCCGAAUGGGUUUCACACAACCCAAAAUGCGGCGUAAUUUGGAUAGUAAACAAGGUCGAUCGCAAUACUGGAAUAAAAGUAGCAAGCUUAUGAACGGAAGUUUAGUUUGUCUGCUGUGGCCAUCCGAAAAUAGUUCACCUAAUGAUAACAUUCAAUUCUCCUUAUUCUUUGGAACGGUGUUGUCUCGUGACGAAGAUUUAUUAUCUCGAAAUCAGCAUGUAGCAUUGGUUGAUAUUAGUUUUAUUGAUAGUCUGGUUUAUCGAAUUGCUUUGGAAGAAAUAAAGAAAAAAAAUUCCGGUAAUCCAAAUGAACAAACAACAAGGUGCUUUAUGGUCGAAUCUAUAGGAGCGGCAUAUUUCCAUAUUUUAAAAGCACUUCAAACGACAUUACCAUCAAAUCUUCCUUUCGAAAAGUAUUUGGCACCACAAAUAAUCGAAAGUUCCUCGUUUGCUGCUGUUGAUCCACCUACAUACGCCCGAGCACCCGGAUUCGUAUUUGAUUUAUCAGUGCUACUUGAAAAUAAAAAUAAACGGCUUUUACUAAACGCUGCUGACACAUCUUCUCAUGAAACUGUUAUUCAAAAUCUUCAAGAAUUAAGUAGGCUUGAUAAUACUCAAGCACAAUCCCUUGUAUAUUCUUUAUGUAGAGAAGUUGCUUUGAUUGAAGGACCUCCUGGAACUGGAAAAACUUUCGUUGGCAUUGAAAUAAUGAAAGCGUUGCUAGCAAACCAGAAAGCUACAAAAUUAGGGCCAAUAUUGACGAUUUGUUUUACUAAUCAUGCAUUAGAUCAAUUUCUUGAGAAUUUAUUAAAGGUUGGCAUUAAAAAAAUUGUACGAAUAGGCAGCCGAUCAAAGUCUGAAAUCAUUGAGAAUUUCAGUAUUGAUAAACUAUGUCCAAAUCGUCCUACUUCUAGAAUUCAGCGAGAGAUAUUGGGUCAGGGAUAUGAUGAACUUGAGAAAAUUCAAAAAGAUUCUAAAAAGAUCCUAAAGAAUUUUUCUAGUAGAUGGCUAGAUUGGGAUAAUAUUGCUAGUUAUUUGGUAUCAGAAUAUCCAGAUCAUUGGAGAAUGUUUCAGUAUCCAGAUAUACCAAGUUUUUUGCUUGAAACUAAUGAUAAUGAAACAGAAUGGCAGCUAGUAAACAAUAAAAAACAGCAAGUAAACAAUAAGCGGUCAAUAUUUUGCCAAUGGAUUUGUGGGAGUGAUUUAGACCUUGCGCAGAAAUGGACUGACAAUUUUCAAAUCCAAGAAAUUGAACACAAUAUAACAAAUAACAGUAAUAUGUUUGAAACGCUUAGAUACCUUGAUAGCGAAGAAGGAUCUUCUACUGAAAAUAAUACAGACAUUGAAAAUGACAUUGAAAAUACUGAAAAUACUGAGAAUCCUAAUGAAAAUAUAGAGAAUACUAAUGAAAAUCCUGAGAAUACUAAUGAUUAUUACAUUAGUUACAUACAAGAUUAUCUUCUUUCAUGGGAGAAACCUGAAGGUGAUCGACACUUGGAAUACCUAAAAACUGAUCCUAAUGUUUGGCAAAUGUCUAUGGCUGAAAGAAUAAAAUUGCACGACUUUUGGAAAGAGAACAUUCAAUUAGAUUGCCUUGAUGAACUUUCUAGAAUCAAAGAACAACAUGAAAAGAAGAAAAAUGAAAUUGAUAAGGUUUACAAUGAAAAUCGUCGUCGGUUUCUUCUUAAUUGUGAUGUAAUCGGGAUGACAACAAAUGGAGCAGCAAAAUUUCAAACUUUAAUUAGCUCUAUCGAAGCUGGCGAAGUCUUGGAAGCACAUAUUUUGAGUGCACUAACGUCAAAGACGCAACACAUGAUCCUUAUUGGUGAUCAUAAUCAGCGUCUUGUUAACGGAGAUCAGGCAAUGCGUUUAGAAAAAUCGCAAUUGCAUACCCAAAGAAGGAUGAGAGGAGAAAUUUCUGAUUUAAUUCGGUAUACACUUUAUAACGAUCUUGUUGACGAAGAAAAAGUUGUUAAUUAUCCAAACGUGCGCGGUGCCCAGAAAAAUGUUUAUUUUGUGGAUCAUCGCAAUUCUGAGGAUUCUGGAGAAAAUGAAUUUGCAAUGAAUUCACAUUCGAACACCUAUGAAGCUAAGAUGGUAGUAGAAAUGGUUAAG